AUUCAGAUUUAAUUUAAAAUUUAGAAUUUUUAUUCAAUUUGAAUUUUAAAAUUUAUAAUAUUAUAUAUUUAAAAUAAAAAAUUUUCUCAGAAUGUUUUAUCGAAUAUUAAUUCUAUUUCUUGCUGUCGCUAUUAAUUUUCAAGAAAACGCCGCAAUACCUUUAGAAAAAAUAGUUGGUGGUUGGCCUGCAAAUCCUGGUGAAUUUCCAUAUCAAGUGUCACUGCGAAUGAAUGGAAAACAUAUUUGCGGUGGUUCGAUAAUUAGUAAUUCGCAUAUUUUAACAGCUGCCCAUUGCCUUCAAGAUUACGAAGAUUCCCUUAAAUUGCUGUCAAUUGUCAGUGGAACAAACGAAUUAUUUCAAGGUGGACAAUUCCAUAAAAUCUGCAAAAUUUCCCUUCAUCCGGAAUACAAAGAUGGACCUGAAUUUGCGUGGCACAAUGACAUUGCCAUCAUUACUUUAACAAAGUCAAUGUCCUUUAAUUCCUUUCAAAAUAAAAUUAAACUUCCGAGUAAAAAUUUGAGAACCGAAUCCGAAGGAAUUGCGUCAGGAUGGGGAUUAAUUUUUCCAAAUUUUGAAACAGUUCCAAAUGAACUUCAAAAAUUAAGAACUUUGGUCUGUCCUUCCACCUCUUGUAAUGAGCAUUUUCCAUUUUCACUUCAUCAGGAGCAAAUUUGUGCGAAGCAGCAGCAGGGAAGUGGAGCUUGUUCGGGAGACAGUGGUGGACCACUAGUUGUGAACGAAGAAGUCGUUGGCAUUGCUUCCUGGGUAGUUCCAUGUGCCCGAGGAUUUCCCGAUGUCUACACCAAUGUAUUUUCAUACAAAAAUUUCAUUUUGCAAGAAAUGAAAAGAUCAAAAUGUAAAAAUUUUUGAACCCUUAUCGUCAAAAUCGAUAUGAAAAUUCAGAGCAGCGACAAAAAUAAAAUUUAAUUUUGCUCUUCCCUGAUUUUCAGACAAAAUGUUGACUUUUUCCUUCACCCUAAAGAAUAUUGUAGCAACCAUGUAAUUAUAAUUAUAUAAGAACAGAAA